AUGCAAUAUAGUAAAUUAUGUGAAAGCAAAGAAAAAUCUAAGAUUAUUGAUCUGUUAGUGUUAAAGAAAAUAAGCACUCUGGAAUUUCUUCUUUCACUCAUUAUCUGGGAAAAAAUUCUUUCGGUAAUUAACCCCGCAUCUACAGAUCUGCAAGCAUUUGAUAAACGGAUUUUGGCAAAUUAUCCUCCGAAUUGGGAAGAGCACAAGAAAAAGAAACGAGUGGAGACCAAUGCCGAAUGGAGAAAUAUUUUAAAAGAAUCCAAUAUCCGUGCUCUUAUUCUGGACUUCCUGUUCCUUUUGUUAAAAAAAGAAGAAGGCUUCCCAGAUACUUUGACGAAGAGGCCACAGACGAGCUUGUCAUUGAUGCAGAAACAAAUUCCGUGUGGAACUGUUCUUUCCAAUAAUUGA